AUGACCCGGCGAAGCGGCGAGGCAGAGGGGCCGGGGGCUAGCGACACAAUCCCCGGCGUUGUCGCGGCGAAGGCUCCAGUCCCAACUCCGCACUCGCGACGACAACGGCGGCGGCGGCUCAACCCUCCUCGUGUGUGCGAGCGGAUCUCCUCCCACCCAACCCCAACCACCUCGGACCGCCUCAGCGCCAACCCCACGCCGGCGCGGAUUGACCCCGCCCUGCCACCCGUACCUUCGCCUCGAUGGAACUACAAGUUCCGGCAGCACCCGCGCGACCCCGCUGCGGUUUUCCCGGGGGCCGACGGGAGUCGGAGUUCCGAACCCCAGAGCAACCGGAAGCGGCUCCGGCUCCCGGCAGGCAGCGCGAGGAAGCGGAGGUCCAGUCGUCGCUCGGCGGCCCCACCUGUCACCCGUACAUUUGCUGGGGAAUUCUCGACGAGAUUUUACUUGUCCUUCCAUGCUGUUCUUUCUGGCGUUUCCUUGUUUCUUUUUGUGAUCCCGUUCCAGAUGGCUCAGGAGUGCAUCCAAAAUGAGUAUUUUGACAGAUUGCUUACUGCUUGCAAACCGUGUCACCUUCGAUGUUCUAAUACCCCUCCUCUACCUUGUCAGCAUUAUUGUGAUGCAAGUAAUUCAUUAUCUCUCUGAUAUUCUUUUAAUUCAGUGAAAGGAACGAAUACAAUUCUCUGGACCUGUUUGGGCCUGAGCUUGAUCGUUUCUUUGACAGUUUUCGUGUUGAUGUUCUUGCUAAAGAAGAUGAAUUCAGAACCAUCAAAGAACAAACGUAAAAACACAGGAUCGACUCUCCAGGACCAGGUGAACGCUGACCAGGAGGAGGGCCGUGUUAGCAGGAAUGGUGAGGAAGUUCUCUCAAGGGGCCUGGAGUACACAGUAGAAGAAUGUACCUGUGAAGACUGCGUCAAUUCUGAAUCAAAGGUCGCUUCUGACCAUUUCUUUCCACUCCCGGCUAUGGAGGAAGGUGCAACCAUUCUCGUCACCACGAAAACAAAUGACUACUGUAACAGCCUGCUAGCUAGUGUCACAGAGAUGGAGAAACCCAUUUUUACCAGAUAA